GGACGCCUAUAAAUAUAUAGCAUUUUAUUAUAAUGAUGUUUUGAUAGACACAAGAUAAAGCCUUCAGAGAAUAGAAAAGAUGGCCACUCGCAUGAAAACUCUUGUUUCAUUAGUUUCUUUAUAUCCUAAGCCAACAAUUUCAUCUGGCAUUGUGAUUCUGCGAAGUGGUAGUAAUUUCAACGGACAAAAGCUUCAAAAAAUGCAUUUCUUCUACAAAGGACUACAACAUAAUAAAAAUAGAGCUCAAAAUAAGAUGAUUGCCAUAACGGCGAGGAGCUUCACACGUGAACCCGAUCAUAACUAUAGAUUUCCAGAAUUUAAUAAUGGGAACAUUCAUCACUUGUCUGAGGAUUUUAUUAAGCUUCGCAGCGAUAAAACUUUAUUUUUCCAAAUAAUAGAUGAAAGUCAUGGCAGUCAAAGGCCAACCAGCAAUCAGAAGGUGGUUGUAAUCUGUACAAUCUAUAACGAGAGGCGUGAGGUGAAAGGAAUAGAGGAUGAGAAAAUUACACUUGUUAUGGGCGACAAUAAUCAACUUGGUGAAGGGUUUGACUGUGCCAUUCGAAAUAUGGGAGAAAAUGAACGAGCCAUAUUUGUCAUUCAUAAGAAUCUUUGGCCAACUGGGUCAAGGAAGCCGAAGACCGGUUAUUGCAGUAAGCAGAAGUACAUAGUUUGUGAUGUAACAUUAGUUAAAAUUUUGGGGUAAAUAUUUCAAAAUGUUGCCAAAUAAAGUGGUAAUGCUUUCAUGUACUGUCAUUUAUUUAAGAACUACUUUUCUUUUUCUUUUUUCUUUUUCCUUGGGGGAAGUAUUUUAGAGUGAUGAAUAAGUAUUAUUAGUAAGUGUUGUCUCAAUAAUAAGUUGUACAAGUACAAUCCUUCUUUUUAAAAUAAAUAAUAAGUUGUAGA